AUGGCGAGUGGGGCCCAGGGGUGCGGUCCUUGGCCCCCGCUCCGCCUCGGGCUCCUGCUCCAGCUCGCGGCGCUGCUCCGGACGCCGGGGCCGCAGGUCCAGAGCCUCAGGCCAGAGAGCCUACUGCUAGUGUCCACCCUGGACGGAAGUCUCCACGCACUGAACAAGGAGACAGGGGACUUGAAGUGGACCCUGAAGGAUGAUCCCAUCAUCCAAGGGCCCAUGUAUGUCACGGAGACAGCCUUUCUGUCGGACCCAGCUGAUGGCAGCCUGUACAUCUUGGGCACCCAGAAACAGCAGGGGUUAAUGAGGCUACCGUUUACCAUCCCCGAGCUGGUUCAUGCCUCCCCAUGUCGAAGCUCUGAUGGCGUCUUCUACACGGGCCGGAAGCAGGAUGCCUGGUUUGUCGUGGACCCUGAGUCAGGAGAGACACAGAUGACACUGACCACAGAGGGUCCCUCCACCCCCCGCCUCUACAUCGGCCGGACACAGUACACGGUCACCAUGCAUGACCCCAAGUCCCCGGCUCUGCGCUGGAACACCACCUACCGCCGCUACUCAGCACCCCCCAUGGAUAGCUUGCCUGGGAAAUACAUGAGCUACCUGGCAUCCUGUGGGAUGGGCCUGCUGCUAACUGUGGACCCAGGAAGUGGGACGGUGCUGUGGACACAGGACUUGGGCAUGCCUGUGGUGGGAAUCUACACCUGGCACCAGGACAGCCUGCAUCAGCUGCCCCAUCUCACGCUGGCUCGGGACACCCUGCAUUUCCUCGCUCUCCGCUGGGGCCACAUCCGACUGCCUGCCUCAGGUGCCCAGGGCACGGCUACCUACUUCUCCGCCUUGGACACCCAGCUUCUGAUGACACUGUAUGUGGGGAAAGACGAAGCUGGCUUCUAUGUUUCUAAAGCGCUGGUUCACACAGGGGUGGCCCUAGUGCCUCGUGGACUGACCCUGGCCCCUAUGGAUGGCCCAACCACAGAUGAAGUGACACUCCAAGUCUCAGGGGAGCGAGAGGGCUCACCUAGCACCGCUGUCAGAUACCCCUCAGGCAGCGUGGCCCUCCCUAGCCAGUGGCUGCUCAUUGGACACCAUGAGCUACCCCCAGUUCUACAUACAACAAUGCUGAGGGUACAUCCUACCGCAAGGAGUGGCACUGUUGAGAACAGACUCUCAGAGAGCAUGCAGACCCCAGCCCUCUUCCCGGAGCUCCUGAGCCUGAGCCAUGAGAAACCUUGGAACCUGGAGCUGCAUCCUGAAGAGAAAACCCCAGACUUGUGUCUAGGGCUGGGACCCCAAGACCUGUUGACAGCUAGCCUCACUGCUGUCCUCCUGGGAGGGUGGAUUAUCUUCCUAAUGAGGCAGCAACAGCUGGUGAAGAAGCAGCAGCUGAUGGAGAAACAGCAGGAGGCCCUCCUGGCACCGACAGAUCCUCCUCACAUCACAAAGAGUGCUCAGUCCCAGCCAUCAGGGGCCACCCCACAGGGCCAGAAGAGCCUUCAGAGCCCCUCAGAGCAAGCCCAGGCAGUCGAAGACCCAGAAGCCGAGCAGCUCACGGUGGUGGGCAAGAUUUCCUUCAACCCCAAGGACGUGCUGGGCCGCGGGGCAGGCGGGACAUUCGUUUUCCGAGGCCACUUGGAGGGGCGGGCCGUGGCUGUCAAGCGGCUGCUCCGUGAGUGCUUCGGCCUGGUCCGGAGGGAGGUCCAGCUGCUGCAGGAGUCAGACAGGCACCCCAAUGUGCUCCGCUACUUUUGUACGGAGCGGGGACCUCAGUUCCACUACAUCGCCCUGGAGCUCUGCCAGGCCUCCUUGCAGGAGUACGUGGAAAACCCUGAGCUGGAGCGCUGGGGCCUGGAGCCCCAGGAGGCGCUGCAGCAGCUGACGUCAGGCCUGGCCCACCUGCAUUCCCUGCACAUCGUGCACCGGGACCUGAAGCCCUCCAACGUCCUCAUCGCCGGGCCUGACAGCCCUGAGGGCAGAGGCCGGGUGGUGCUCUCAGACUUUGGCCUCUGCAAAAAGCUGCCUGCCGGCCGCUGCAGCUUCAGCCUCCGCUCGGGCAUCCCUGGCACGGAAGGCUGGAUGGCACCGGAGCUCCUACAGCUUCUACCCCAAGACAGCCCUACAAGCGCAGUAGACAUCUUCUCUGCAGGCUGCGUGUUCUACUACGUGCUUUCUGGCGGCAGCCACCCUUUCGGAGAGAGUCUUUACCGCCAGGCAAACAUCCUUGCAGCGGCUCCCAGUCUGGCUCACCUGGAGGAAGAGACCCACGACAAGGUGGUUGCCCGGAACCUGGUUGAGGCCAUGCUGAGCCCCCUGCCGCAGGCCCGCCCCUCUGCUCACCAAGUGCUCACCCACCCCUUCUUUUGGAGCAGAGCCAAGCAGCUCCAGUUCUUCCAGGAUGUCAGUGACUGGCUGGAGAAGGAGCCUGAGCAGGGGCCCCUGGUGAUGGCGCUGGAGGCAGGGGGCCUCGCGGUGGUCCGGUGCAACUGGCACACGCACAUCUCCGUGCCGCUGCAGACAGAUCUGAGAAGGUUCCGGACGUACAAGGGGACAUCAGUGCGAGACCUGCUCCGUGCGAUGAGGAACAAGAAGCACCACUACAGGGAGCUCCCGGCUGAGGUACGGCAGGCGCUAGGCUGCGUCCCGGACAGUUUUGUCCAGUACUUCACAACCCGCUUCCCGCAGCUGCUGCUCCACACGUAUGGGGCCAUGAGGAGCUGUGCCUCCGAAAGCCUCUUCCUGCCCUACUACCCGCCCGCCUCGAGGCCCAGGGAGCCGUGCCCAGGGGCUGCCGCGAGCUGAGGUCACUGACAAGGAGUUGAGCCUGUGGCUGAGGCUGGCCUCAGCAGCGAAAGAGACAGACAGAGACUUGGCAGCCUGGGGCUUCUGGAGCAAAG